AUGGGCCCCUGGCGCCUUUCCACCGCCCUGCUGGGCGCCAUGCGCGCCACAGCCGUGGAGGCCGACGCCUUCUGCGGCACCGCCCUUCUGUCGGCUUUGCGCAGCUGGCAGAGGGGUUUGGCCCUUCACGCCGCCCAGGUGACUGCCAGCAACCGUUUCACCAUGAACGCAGCCAUGAGCCUUUGCGAGAAGGCUGGCCAGUGGAGGACCACCUUGGCCCUGCUAGGCAUCGACCCAGACACCAUCUCCUUCAACACCGCCAUCAGCGCCUGCGAGUGGUGCUGGUCCCUGCACUUCCUGGAGGCCAACUCAGGAGCCACUCCCAUCACCUACAACUCUGCCAUGCAGGCCUUGGCCAAGGGAAGCCAAUGGGACAAAGCCCUCGGUUUGCUCGAAGAACUCUGCGGCCGCAGAUGGCAACCAACUCCUGUCACCAUCUCCACGGCCAUCAUGGCGUGUGAGAGAGGCAGUCAAUGGCAGCAGGCACUGACUUUGGCGACGAAGGAUCUCCAGCUGAUCACUGCAAGCGGCGCCAUCAGCGCCUGCGAGAAGGCCGGGAGAUGGCAGCACGCGCUGAAGCUUUUCUGGGACCUGCUGGCUGCAAAGCUGCGAGUGGAUGUCAUAGCAUUCAACGCCGCGAUCAGCGCAUCACCCUGGACAAACGCGCUGCAGCUGCUGGCCAGCUUGUGCCACUGCAACCUGCAGGCCACCAUGGUCUCCCAGUCCGCGGUGGGGACCAGCUGCGCUGCUGGGAGACACUGGCGGCGAGCCCUGUUGUUUUCCAGACGUUCUUUGGUUGGGACGCGCAACAUGGCGCUCAGCGCCUGCGAGAGCACGGGCCACUGGCAGCAAGCGCUGCCAAUGUUUCAGGCAAUGAGGUCGGAGGCUUUGGAGCAGAGCCUUAUCUCCUGGAACACCUGCACCAGUGGCCUGGCGCAGGAGCAAUGGCAGGCGGCCUUGCAGCUGCUCAACCAGGUGGAGGACUGCAAGGUGCAGGGCAAUUUGAUUACCCACAACGCCGCGAUGAGCGCUUGGGAGCUACGUAUUGGCCCGGAGCCCUGCAACUUCUAG